GCUGAGAGGGAGAGAGAGAGAGAGAGAGAGAGAGAGAGAGAGAGAGAGAGAGUUAAAACGUCGCGUCCUUGCAGCUCACCGUCAUCUCUGAAAUAAAGCCUCUCAUCUUGUCACCAUGUCCAAGCCUCUGACCGACCAGGACAGGAGGAAACAGAUCUCGGUGCGCGGUCUUGCCGGGGUGGAAAACGUCGCCGACCUUAAGACCAACUUCAACCGGCACCUGCAUUUCACCCUGGUGAAGGACCGCAAUGUGGCCACGAAACGGGAUUACUACCUGGCGCUGGCCAACACCGUGCGGGACCACCUAGUGGGCAGAUGGAUCAGGACACAGCAGCACUACUACGAGACCGAUCCGAAACGGGUGUACUACCUUUCUCUGGAGUUCUACAUGGGGCGCACCCUGCAGAACACCAUGGUCAAUUUGGCCCUUGAGGGCGCCUGCGAUGAGGCCACUUACCAGUUGGGACUGGAUAUGGAGGAGCUGCAGGACAUUGAGGAGGACGCAGGCUUGGGCAAUGGAGGCCUGGGCCGUCUGGCAGCCUGCUUCCUCGACUCGAUGGCGUCUCUGGGCUUGGCAGCUUAUGGUUAUGGAAUCCGUUACGAGUUUGGCAUUUUCAACCAGAAAAUUGUCAAUGGUUGGCAGGUCGAGGAGGCAGAUGAUUGGCUGCGAUAUGGUAACCCGUGGGAGAAGGCCCGUCCCGAGUACAUGCGCCCUGUGCACUUUUACGGCCGAGUGGAGCACCAUCCUGAUGGAGUCAAAUGGGUAGACACACAGGUGGUUCUGGCCCUGCCAUAUGACACUCCAGUCCCUGGAUACAGAAACAAUGUUGUUAACACUAUGAGACUGUGGUCAGCCAAAGCCCCCUGUGAAUUUAACCUCAAGGACUUUAAUGUUGGGGGCUACAUCCAAGCUGUUCUGGACAGAAAUCUGGCUGAGAAUAUUUCCCGCGUGCUCUACCCCAAUGACAAUUUCUUUGAGGGGAAGGAGCUCCGUCUCAAACAGGAGUACUUUGUGGUGGCUGCUACUCUUCAGGACAUCAUCCGCCGUUUCAAGGCCUCUAAGUUCGGCUCGACAGAGGUGGUGCGCACAGACCUGAACAAGUUACCUGAGAAGGUGGCCAUCCAGCUGAAUGACACACACCCAGCCCUCGCUAUCCCUGAACUGAUGAGGAUCCUGCUGGAUGAGGAGAAAGUCUCCUGGGAAACAGCAUGGGACAUUACCGUGCGUACUUGCGCCUACACUAACCACACCGUCCUUCCAGAGGCUCUGGAGCGUUGGCCUGUCGACCUGUUCCAGAAUCUCCUGCCUCGCCACCUGGAGAUCAUCUACGAGAUCAACCAGCACCACCUGGAGCGAAUCUCCACUCUGUACCCUGGUGAUAACGACCGUUUGAGGCGCAUGUCUCUGAUCGAAGAAGGAGGACUGAAGAAGAUCAACAUGGCUCAUCUGUGCAUCGUCGGCUCUCAUGCUGUAAACGGUGUGGCUCGAAUCCACUCAGAAAUCAUCAAAAACACAGUGUUUAAGGACUUUUAUGAAGUGGACCCACAGAAGUUCCAGAACAAGACCAACGGCAUCACCCCUCGCCGCUGGCUAGUCAUGUGCAACCCUGGCCUGGCGGAAGUCAUUGCUGAGCGAAUCGGUGAGGACUACAUUCGUGAUCUGGAUCAGCUGAAGAAACUCCUGGAGUUUGUGGAUGAUGAGGCCUUCAUCCGAGAUAUUGCCAAGAUCAAACAGGAGAAUAAGAUGAAAUUUGCUGUGCAUCUCGAAGAGCAUUAUAAGGUUAAAAUCAACCCGAACUCCAUGUUUGAUAUUCAAGUGAAGAGGAUCCAUGAGUACAAGAGGCAGCUGCUGAACUGCCUGCACAUCAUCACUUUCUAUAACCGUAUCAGGAAGGAACCAAACAAGGCCUGGACACCCAGGACGGUUAUGAUCGGAGGAAAAGCUGCUCCAGGCUACCACAUGGCUAAGAUGAUCAUUAAGCUCAUUACAUCUAUUGGAGAGGUGGUGAAUAAUGACCCGGUGGUGGGAGACCGCCUUAAAGUCAUCUUCCUGGAGAACUACAGGGUUACACUGGCUGAGAAAGCAAUCCCAGCAGCUGACCUGUCUCAGCAGAUUUCCACUGCAGGGACAGAAGCUUCUGGAACAGGAAAUAUGAAGUUCAUGUUGAACGGCUCUCUGACAAUCGGCACUAUGGAUGGAGCCAAUGUGGAGAUGGCAGAGGAGGCCGGAGAAGGAAAUCUCUUCAUAUUUGGAAUGAGAGUGGAGGAUGUCGAGGCCAUGGAUAAGAAAGGGUACAAUGCUGCUGAGUAUUACAACCGCAUCCCAGAGCUAAAGCAAGCCAUUGAUCAAAUUUCUGGAGGAUUUUUCAGUCCCAGUCAGCCAGACCUCUUCAAGGACAUCGUCAACAUGCUGAUGAAUCAUGACAGGUUCAAAGUAUUUGCUGACUAUGAGGACUAUAUUAAAUGCCAGGAGAGAGUUAGCACUGUGUACAAGAACACUAAGGAAUGGACCAAACUGGUGAUCCACAACAUAGCCGGUUGUGGCAAGUUCUCGAGUGACAGGACCAUCACUCAGUACGCCCGUGAGAUUUGGGGUAUGGAGCCGAGUUUGGAGAAGAUCGCCGCUCCAGACGACCCUCGCUAAGCAGCUACUCAGCAUUCAAAAGCUCUUUUAACUGGAGUUGUUCUCACAUUUAGUUAAUUUCUGCAUUGUGCUUGUGGACAUGUGUGCUGUGUGAUUCUGUCAUUACUUGAUUGCGUAACAAAUGUCUUCCUGUCCUGUGAGAUCUGGUUCCCUGGCCUCAGUUUCAGAAAUUAAUUUCAGUGUAGUGUGUAAUAACACGAGAAAGGAAUGUUUUAUUCAUGUUACUCAGAUGAACUAAAAUGGGUCUGGGAACAGAAAGCUAAGCAUUUAAUAGUUUUAAUAUAUAUUUUUUUGAAUGUAUCAAUAUGGUCUGUCUAGUUUGUCUUCUCAUUAACCAAAGAGCAACCCAGUUAUAGAGAAUUUACAUGGACCCACUGUGACAUAUAGAGCAACCACUGAAGGUUUAAGUGAACGUCUUUCUGUCAGUGUCUCAUAUUCAGCCACAUGGAUGACUGUUACUUGCUUGGAGUCAUUGAGAUAUUCCUGCACGAUUUUGUGUGUAGUGUUUCUGAAGUGCUUUAACAUGUUUUUAAUAUUAAUAGAGGCCGUUUAUUAGUCACGUCACGUCACAUAAACUGACAUUCAGUCAUUAAAGCUCAGUAUUCAUGUAAAUCACACAAAAAGCAUAGGGAUGUAAUGUGGCACUUCUACAUGCAUACAUUAUGCUGUCUUUGCUCCUGGAAUUUCUCGGUUUGACAGCACGCUAAGAAAAGCUGCCUUAGUUUGCGUGUCUGUGUGCGUGAACAUGUGUGCUAGUGUGUAUGAGAGCCUAUAGAUGAUGCAACAAGUCCUAAGCCUAGAGACUGGUGAACAAGCCACUUUAAAAAACUGAAAUAUUUUUAAAUCUAUACUUAAUAAAAUAUAGAAGAUUUAGGAGUGUGUUUUAAACAAAGUGCUUUCACUGGAGUGUGAAAAAUAUUCAACUGUGUAAUAUAUGUUUAAUCAUAGUCAAAAAAGUGAUGGCUAUACGUACAUGACUAUAAGCUAUGGCGGUUUGGACCUGUGCCUCUGUAAUGUACUCUGAAUGUUAAUCCUCUGUUGGUUGUAAUAGCUGACAGAUCAUACAGCAUGGGCCAACAUCUGUCAGCGAAAACCAACUCAAAAUAAUAAUGAAAUAAAGUAUACCACAGAGCACA